CAAUCUAGUAGUCGGCCUCCACUCUUUUGUGGAGAUAAUUACUCAUUCUGGAAAGUUAGAAUGAGAAUAUUUCUUCAAGCUCAAGGUAGAGAAAUAUGGAAAUGUAUUGUAAAUGGACCUUAUAUUCCAACAAAAGUGGUUGGUGGAGUAAAGGUCAAAAAGGAAGAAGAAGAGUUUGAUCGUGAAGACGAUAGACUUUAUACUUUAAAUUUAACUGCUAUGAAUUUAUUAUAUAAUGCUCUUAAUGGAAAUGAGUUUAAUAGAAUAAUGAAUUGCGCUACGGCAAAGGAAAUUUGGGAUAACUUGGAAGUAACUUAUGAAGGAACUUCGCAAGUCAAGGAAUCAAAAAUUUAUAUUCUUACUCAUGAAUAUGAAAUGUUUAAGAUGAAUGAUGAUGAAUCUAUUUCUAGUAUGCACACUCGUUUUACUAACAUCAUAAACAGCUUGACAGCUCUUGGCAAAGUUUAUUCCAAGGUGGAGAUAGUAAGAAAAAUUCUCAACUCUUUACCAAAACGUUGGGAAUCAAAAGUUACAGCGAUUCUUGAAGCUAGAGACCUCAAGAAGCUCGAAGUCAAUGAACUCAUCGGGUCACUUAUCACCUUAGAUAGUGGAUGUUCAAGACACAUGACGGGAGACAAGACUAAGUUCUUUGAUCUUAGAUCUAAAGAAGAAGGACACGUGACAUUUGGAGACAACUCGAAAGGGAAGAUCGUGGGAAUAGGUAAAAUUGGUAAUGAAUCUUCUCUCAUAAUUGAAGAUGUUCUACUUGUUGAAGGUUUAAAACAUAAUCUUUUGAGCAUAAGUCAAUUAUGUGAUAAAGGAUUUACAGUUACUUUUAAAAUGGAUAAAUGCAUUAUUUUGAAUGAUCAUGAUUGUAAUAUUUGUUUUAUUGCUUUUAGAAACAAUAAUGUUUAUACAAUUGAUUUUGAAGAAAUUACCUCACAAGAUGCUAUUUGCUUGUCAGCUCAAAAUGAAACUAGUUGGUUAUGGCAUAGAAGAUUAGGUCAUGCCAACAUGGAACUUAUUUCCAAACUUUCAAAAAAUGAUCUUGUGAGAGGUUUACCAAAAACAUAUUUUCUUAAAGACAAAAUUUGUGAUGCAUGUCAAUUUGGUAAACAAACAAAAACUUCUUUUAAAACUAAGAAACAUAUUUCCACUACUAGACCAUUGCAACUGAUACACAUGGAUCUUUUUGGACCAAAUAGAGUUGCAAGUCUAGGAGGAAAAUAUUAUGCAUUUGUUAUUGUUGAUGAUUUCUCUAGAUAUACUUGGGUCAUCUUUCUUGCUCAUAAAGAUGAGGCACAUAAUGCCUUUACCAAGUUAUGCAAGAGAAUUCAAAAUGAAAAGGGCUAUACUAUUUCAAGUAUCCGAAGUGAUAGGGGAAAAGAAUUUGUUAAUAAAAAUAUUGAAACAUUUUGUGAUGAAAACGGUUUUAUUCAUAAUUUUUCUGCUCCUCGAACUCCUCAACAAAAUGGGGUAGUAGAGAGGAAAAAUAGAUCUCUUCAAGAGAUGGCAAGAACAAUGCUCAAUGAGAACAACUUGCCUAGUUAUUUUUGGGCCGAAGCGGUAAGUACUGCAUGUUAUGUUAUAAAUAGAGUUAUGUUAAGGUCUAAAUUAGAUAAAACCCCCUAUGAGCUUUGGAAUGAGAAAAAGCCCAACAUUGGUUACUUUCAUGUAUUUGGAUGCAAAUGUUUUAUUUUGAAUGACAGAGAUAAUUUAGGCAAGUUUGAUGCAAAAUCUGAUGAAGGUAUUUUUCUCGGGUAUUCUACUAAUAGUAAAGCUUAUAGAGUAUUCAACAAAAAGACUUUAACUGUACAAGAAUCUAUGCAUGUAGUAUUUGAUGAAUUAGAAGCUAUUCGAAUGCUACUUGCAUAUGCUUGUUAUAAAGAUUUCAAACUUUUUCAAAUGGAUGUUAAAAGUGCUUUCUUAAAUGGUUUUAUAAAUGAAGAGGUAUAUGUUGAGCAACCUCCAGGUUUUGAAAAUCAUAUUUCCCCAAAUCAUGUUUUCAAACUCACAAAAGCACUAUAUGGACUUAAACAAGCUCCUAGAGCUUGGUACGAGAGACUCAGUGGUUUCUUGAUUGAAAAAGGUUUUUCAAGAGGAAAAAUCGACACAACUCUUUUCAUUAAAUAUGAAAAUGAUGAUAUUCUUUUGAUUCAGAUUUAUGUUGAUGAUAUAAUAUUCGGUGCUACUAAUGAAAAUAUGUGUCAAGUUUUUGCUAAGACUAUGCAGGAAGAAUUUGAGAUGAGCAUAAUGGGUGAACUUACAUUCUUUCUCGGAUUGCAAAUUAAGCAAGCAAAAAGUGGGACAUUCAUCAAUCAAUCAAAAUAUAUUAAGGAAUUACUGAAGAAGUUUGGGAUGGAAAAUGCUAAGGAAAUUGGAACACCAAUGAGCCCAUCAACUAAACUUGAUAAAGAUGAAUCCGGUAAGCCAGUUGACUCGAAGAUAUAUCGAGGUAUGAUUGGUAGCUUAUUAUAUUUAACAGCCAGUAGACCAGAUAUUAUGUUUAGUGUGUGCUUAUGUGCACGUUUUCAAUCAUCUCCAAAAGAAUCACAUUUAAUUGCAGUUAAGCGCAUUUUUAGAUAUCUUAGUGGUACAAUUAACCUAGGGUUAUGGUACCCUAAGCACACAUCUUUCGAUCUAAUCAGCUACACAGAUGCAGAUUAUGCUGGCUGUAAAAUAGAUCGAAAAAGCACUAGUGGAGCAUGCCAUUUCUUAGGUCAUGCAUUAGUUUCCUGGUUUAGUAAAAAACAAAAUUCUGUUGCACUAUCUACUGCUGAGGCAGAAUAUGUUGCUGCGGGUAGUUGUUGUGCUCAAGUUCUCUACAUGAAGCAACAACUUGAAGAUUUUAAACUCAUGUAUAAUCACAUUCCAAUCAAAUGUGAUAAUACAAGUGCUAUAAAUCUUUCAAAGAACCCAAUACAACAUUCUAGAACUAAGCAUAUUGAAAUAAGGUAUCAUUUUCUUCGAGAUCAUGUGCAAAAAGGUGAUAUAAUGUUAGAGUUCACAAACACACACGAUCAGUUAGCAGAUAUUUUCACAAAA